CCCAUGUUGACGGGUCGUUCCUCUCAGCGAGUAGCAGCCUAGGCGGCGGUGGUGCAAAGUCAUCGUCCUAAGCACAGGAAACACGCCCGGAGAUCACACCUGAAUUCUCUCCACUGCGCUAACCCCUCGCCUCGUUCGUCAUGUCGGUCUCCAACUCGAAGGACGGCGAACCAGAGUGACUCCGGAUGUUGUGAGGAGGAUACGGGUCGAUUCAGACAGAAGGAUCAGCAUCAGAUGAGGCUGGACUACUGAUGGUUCGGAAGCGGCUGUAGAUCAGAAGGCCUGAGCUGUCUCCUCUUCCCCUGCAAAGAAAAUGGCUAUCAUCAGACAAUUUGGAUUAUUGCUCUGGAAGAACUAUCUCCAGCAGAAGCGUCAGAUCCUGGUGACGCUGGUGGAGAUCCUCCUGCCGAUGCUGUUCGCGGGGAUCCUCAUCGCGCUGCGACAGAAGGUGCCCUUCAAGAACUACCCCAACGCCACCGUCUACGAGAGCUUCGCCGUCAACUUCCUGCCGCCGCAGCUGCUCUACCGCCAGUGGCAGCUGGCCUACGUCCCCGGGAACUCCAGCGUGGUGCGGCAGGUGGCGGAGGACGUGCAGCACAGCCUGGGGCCCCGGGCUAUCGGCUCUGUGCGCGGGUUUGAGACUGAGGACCUGUUGGAGGACUACGUGAAGAAGGACCCGCUGUCGGGGAAGCUGCUGGCGGCCGUGGUGUUUGAGCACCCCUUCAGCCACGACGAAGAGCCCCUACCCCAGCAGGUGAGGUACCACCUGCGCUUCAGCUACAGCCCCAAGAACGCCCCCGCCAAGGAGCGGUCGGAACUGAACCCCAACAACGACCUGGACUGGCACACCUCCAGCCUGUUCCCCCUCUUCCAGCUGCCGGGGCCCCGGGAGCAGUACGACAAGGAUGGGGGCACGCCUGGGUACUUCCGGGAGGGCUUUCUCGCCGUGCAGCACGCGGUGGACCGGGCCAUCAUGCGCUCGUACAACCGGACGACGGCGGCGGCGCUGCUGGCCCAGACCCGCGUGGUGAUGUCCGGUUCCCCUACCCGGCCUUCAUCUACGACGUCUUCAUCCUGGCCAUCCAGAACCAGCUGCCCCUUCUGCUGGUGCUCAGCUUCACCUACACCUCGCUCAACAUCGUCCGCGCCGUGGUGCAGGAGAAAGAGCGCAAGCUCAAGGAGUACAUGCGUAUGAUGGGUCUCAGUAACUGGCUGCACUGGAGUGCCUGGUUCCUCAUGUUCUUCCUCUUCAUCUCCAUCUCGGUCUUCUUCGUCACCGUGCUCCUCUGUAUCCAGGUGAGCCCCAAGGGAGCAGUGCUGGCCUACAGCGACCCCCAGCCUGGUGUUCGUCUUCCUCAUUGUCUUCGCCGUGGCGACCAUCAACUUCAGCUUCAUGAUCAGCUCCUUCUUCUCUCGAG